AGAACACAAACCCAAUUCACUUGGCUGUUUUUUCUCAAAUUAUGAUCUCAUCGUCUCCCUUUAUUAACUUCAACACGCAAAACCCACCACCCUCUUUCAUUCUCAUCCGGAAUCUCUAUCCAAAUUCCAUGAAACAAAACGAACAGAGAAGAGAGAAAAGAAAUUGAUGUUAAUAUUAAUAUCAACUUUAGCAAAUUGAUAUUAAUAUUAAUAUAGUUUUAAUGGGUGCUUAUAGAGCUGACGAUGAUUACGAUUACUUGUUCAAACUAGUAUUGAUUGGUGACUCCGGCGUCGGCAAAUCGAAUCUGCUAGCGAGAUUCACGAGGAACGAGUUCAGUCUCGAGUCCAAGUCCACCAUCGGCGUCGAGUUCGCCACCCGCAGCAUUCAUGUCGAUGACAAGGUCGUCAAGGCCCAGAUUUGGGACACCGCUGGCCAGGAAAGAUACCGUGCCAUUACAAGUGCAUACUAUCGAGGAGCUGUUGGUGCUUUACUAGUUUACGAUGUCACCCGCCAUAUUACAUUUGAAAAUGUGGAACGAUGGCUCAAGGAGCUCCGAGAUCACACAGAUGCAAAUAUUGUCAUUAUGCUCGUUGGAAACAAGGCUGAUCUGAGACACCUGCGAGCAGUUUCCAUGGAAGAUGCAACGUCUUUUGCAGAAAGAGAGAACAUUUUCUUCAUGGAAACAUCAGCUCUCGAGUCUACGAAUGUGGAUAAUGCUUUCACUCAAGUACUCACCCAGAUAUUUCGUGUAGUAAGCAGAAAGGCACUAGACAUUGGCGACGACCCUGCAGCUUUACCCAAAGGUCAGACAAUCAAUGUUGGAACAAAAGACGAUGCAUUGACUGUUAACGAAGUGGGAUGUUGCUCUGCUUGAAUCUUAAAGGAAUCUUACAUUUGAAAUUCUAAACUCUGUUUGUAUAAACACAGAGAUGGAUCUCUAGCCCUUGUAUUAACUGGGUCAACAGCAUAAUUUUGGCUCUAUACAAAAUUUGCCUCCUACUACCACCAAGAUUUCAGGAUUUUGAAAAGCAAUUUAGCCAUA